CGCAAUCUCUAAGGACGAAGAAGCAAGCGGAUGUGGAAAGACAAAUCGGUGCACAGCCCUCUGGGAAAUAGUCCUGGCUCUGGCGCGGAGGAUUCUGGGUGGGGCAGUCUGAGGAGAGGCACUCGGCACCGGAAGUUGCUGUGAAGAAGCGCGGGUGUGAAGAGUUGAGUCUCCUGCUCCCUCCGGCCUGGGGUCGCCGUUAACCCAGCGGACGGCAGUCUCGAGGGAGACUCACGUUGGGACUCGUCUUCCUACUUCUGGACAUUUCAGAGGCUCAGCCAGCACGGACAUUGAGUCAACCAUAGGCGGAAAGGAGACUUUCUUACACCUCCCUUGUCCUUCCCACAGCCCUUUCAGCCAGGAACAUGGAGGGGAAGGAGGAGGAGCUUAAAAGAGGACAGUAGGCCCCACUUGGCUAUGACUGAGGAAUUUGUAGCCCUUAAGGACGUGGCCAUGGACUUCACUUUGGAGGACUGGGAGCAGCUGGGGCUGGACCAGGGGGACCUAUUCUGGGACACAGCACUGGACAACUACCAGAACCUCUUCCUGCUGAACCCCCCAAGACCCAACCUCACCUCCCAUCCAGAUGGCAUGGAAGAGCUGGAGGCCCUGGUGACAGGAAGUCCAGAAGUGACGGACUCUGGUAUGGCUGAGACUAAGAACUCUCCUCAGAAGGAGGGUUUCUUGGAAGAAGGACUCUCCCAGGAGAUUAUGGAGACACUUUCCAAGGAUGGGUUCUGGAACUCCAAUUUUGGAGACAACUGUAUAGGCGAGAGCUGGUUAGAUAGUUUAUUAGGAGAUCCCGAAAGCCUUCUGAGAUCUGACACUGUCACCAACAAGGAAGGUCCCACAGAAUGCAAGAGUCAUGAAUUCAAGAAUGGCCUCAGUCCUGGUAACCUCCUUUCCACAGGAGAAGACUUUGUAACGUGUGAUAUUCCCAAAAAGAACCUCACACCAGCUAAGUCUAAGAAAUGUAGCCUCACACCAGCUAGGUCUAAGGAAUUUGGCUGCUACUCAGACCAGAGUCAGCAGGAUUCUGUCCAGGAAGGGGAGAAACCAUAUGAGUGCAGUGAAUGUGGGAAAAGCUUCAGCCGGAGCAGCCAUCUUAUCCAGCACCAGAUUAUCCACACUAGGGAGAAACCCACUGUACAUCAAGAGUAUGAGAGAGGUUUCCAGAGUUCUUGUCUAUUUGUGCAUCCAGUGACUCACAUGGGCUAUAAAUCCUAUGUGUGUAAUGAAUGCGGGAAAACUUUUAGUGAGAAUACACACCUUCUGUGGCAUCAGAAAAUUCACACUGGAGGAAAACCUUGUAAGAGUCAAGAUGGUGACUGUCCAUCUGGUCACAGAGCACAGACUGUUGAGUGUCCGAAAACUCACCCAAGUGGUAAGUCCUACAAAUGUAACGAAUGUGGGAGGACUUUCAGCCGGCCCUUUCACCUUAUUCGGCACCAGAAGACCCAUACUCGCAAAUGCUAUGCAUGUGCCAAAUGCCAGGAGACCUUCAACUUGAGAAAACACCUCAUCCAACAUCAGAAAACUCAUGCUACCAAAACUACCUCUGAAUGUCAGGAGUGUGGGAAGGCCUUUAGGCGGAGCUCGUCACUCAUUGAACACCAGGCUGUUCACACGGGAGAGAAGCCUUAUAAGUGUAAUGAAUGUGGGAAACCCUUCAGCCAUCCCUCCACCCUAAAGAUCCAUCAGAGGAUUCACAGUGGAGAGAAGCCUUACAAGUGCUCUGAGUGUGGGAAAGCUUUCUGCCGGAACACUCACCUUAAUGAACAUCGGCGAAUUCAUACGGGCUAUAGACCCCACAAAUGUCAGGAAUGUGUCAAGAGUUUUAGCCGUCCCUCACACCUGAUUCGGCAUCAGUCCAUUCACACCAUCAAAAAGCCCUACCGCUGUGCUGAUUGCAAGGAGGCCUUCAGCCAUAAUGAACACCUUGUGCAACACCAGAAAAUCCACACUGUCAAAGCCCCCUAUGAAUGUCAGGAGUGUGGAGAACGCUUCAUUUGCAGCUCAACCCUGAAUUGCCACGAGAGCGUUCACACCAAAGAAAAACAAAGAUUUGACAUGAGUGGGAAAACCUUGGAUCAGAACCCAGAACAGAGAAUGCUUCCAAGGCUCAAUGAAAAGCGCUUUAAAUGUAGUAAAUGUGAGAAAGCCUUUAGCCACAGCAAGUACCUAACUCAGCACGAGAAGAUUCACACCAGGGUAAAGGCCUUUGAGUGUGAAAAGUGUGGGAAAGCCUUUGGCCAGAGUAUACAGCUCAUUCGCCAUCAGAGAAUCCACUCUGGGGUGAGGCCACGUGAAUGUGGUGAGCGUGAGAAAGCCUUCAUUCACAGCACCUCCCUCAUUGAACAUCAGUUCUCCCUCUCAAGUGAGCAACCCUUUAGAUGUAAUGAAUGUGGAAAGACCUUCAGUCAAAGCACACACCUCUCAGAACAUUGGUUAAUUCACACCGGAGAGAAACCAUUUAAAUGUAACAAGUGUGACGAAGUCUUCACGCAGAGUAACUACCUCAUUCAGCAUCAGAAAACUCAUGCUGACAAGAAGCCCUUUGAGUGUAAAGUAUGUGGGAAAAUAUUCCGUCAGAGCUCAUGCCUUUCUAAGCAUCAGAGAGUUCACACAGGGGAGAAGCCCUAUGAAUGCAGUGACUGUGGCAAAGCCUUCAGCCUGGGUGCUCUACUCAUCCGACAUCAGAGAGUUCACACUGGAGAAAAGCCUUACAUUUGUCAGCAAUGUGGGAAAGCCUUCAGCCAGAGCUCAUGCCUUUCUGUUCACCAGAGGGUUCACACUGGGGAGAAGCCCUACGUGUGUGGCAAAUGUGGGAAAGCCUUUGCCCAGAAAGCAAAUCUAAUGCAACACGAUAGAAUUCACACCGGGGAGAAGCCUUAUGCCUGCAAUGUGUGUGGCAGAGCCUUUGGCCUCAGCACCCAUCUCAAUCAGCACCAGAGAACUCACACCCAGGAGAAACCGUAUCAGUGUCAACAUUGUCAGAGAGCCUUUCAGAGCUGCUCAGGUCUCAGCCGACACCAGCAAGUUCACGCUCAGAAGUAGCAAGCAGCAAUACUGUCUGUGGCCACUGGGUGGCAACAGUCCCAAACAUCUGAACAUGUUCAUCUGAGGUUGAAACCAUCACGUUGUAAGCUUCUCUUCCCCCAAGUAAAUAAACCUAUUAAUAAAGUUUGGUUAGAAAGUUUG